AUGUUUAGUAUCUCAGAUCAUUUGUUAAUGAUAGAAAAACAAUUAUGUGAGAAUUUGAUAAGAAUUGAUCUACCAGACAAUGUAUGUUAUGUGUAUAAUCCAUUAGAAUACGCCUUCACACCCCACCGGAUUUACACUGAAAAAUAUUGUAAUACUCAAAAACAGAUCUUAUUUCUUGGUAUGAAUCCAGGACCAUUUGGAAUGUCUCAAAAUGGGGUUCCGUUUGGUGAAUAUAAUAUAGUACGAGAUUGGUUAAAAGUAACAGGAGAAGUUUCGAAACCAUUAAAAGAACAUCCUAAACGUUUAAUAGUAGGGUUAGACUGUAAGAGAUCAGAGGUAACAGGAAGUAGAUUUUGGGGAUAUUUUAGAAGAUUAUGUGGAACACCUGAGAAUUUUUUCAGACAUUGUUUUGUAUAUAAUAUUUGUCCCAUGGCUUUUAUGUCGGACACUGGUAAGAACAUCACACCACCCCAAAUACCAACUCAUGUUCUCAAGGCAAUCAACAACGUGUGCAAUAAUAGUUUAAUAGAAGUUAUACAACUUUUAAAUGUCAAAACUGUUAUUGGUGUUGGGAACUACGCAUACAACUCAGCACAAAAACUCUUGUCUUCAGCUAAUAUGGAGCACAUUAAAGUUCAUGUUAUCAUGCAUCCUAGUCCGAUUAACCCUGCAGCCAAUAAAGGUUGGGAUAACAUAGCCAGAGAUCAACUGAAAAACAUUGGAAUAUUGGAAUUACUUCAAGGUAAUAAUACGGCAGAGAAUAACCAUGAGUUAAGUUAA